AUGGUCGGGUCACUGUCUGCCCCUGGCCCCGAGACGAGGGGCGUCGAUGGGUCUGGGCGCUGGACAUCGGCAGCCCGGUGCUGUGAAGCAGAUCACUGUUCUGUCUGUCCGCCUCCCGAGAAGCCGCGGGCCCGGGAGCGCCUCCUGAGCUGCUGUAACCGCAUGCACGAGUCUCUGAUGCUCUUCGACUCCAUCUGUAACAACAAGUUCUUCAUCGAUACCUCCAUCAUCCUCUUCCUCAACAAGAAAGAUCUCUUUGGCGAGAAGAUCAAGAAGUCCCCUUUGACCAUCUGCUUUCCUGAGUACACAGGCCCCAAUACCUACGAAGACGCAGCCGCCUACAUCCAAGCACAAUUUGAAAGCAAAAACCGCUCCCCCAACAAAGAAAUUUAUUGUCACAUGACUUGUGCCACAGACACGAAUAACAUCCAGGUGGUAUUCGACGCCGUCACCGACAUCAUCAUUGCCAACAACCUCCGGGGCUGCGGCUUGUACUGACCUCUUGUCCUGUAUAGCAACCUACUUGACUGCUUCACGGACUCUCUGCUGUUGACCUUGAUCUCCUGGUAGCAUGACCUUUUGGCCUUUGUAAGACACACAGCCUUUCUGUAUCCAGCCCCUGUCUAACCUAUGACCCCAGAGUGACUGACGGCUGUGUAUUUCUGUAGAAUGCUGUAGAACCCGGUUUUAGUUGAGUCUCUACAUUUAGAAUUUGAAAGGAAAAAAAAAAAAAGAACAUGUCUCAUGUGCUUUGUAGCUUAAAAGGAAAAUGGAAAACUCACCAUUACAUCCAUAUUUCUUUCUCUCUCUCUCUCUUUUUUUUUUGGAAUAAAGAAACAUACAUCUGCACCUCCCCCACCAUCUCACCUGGUGGCAGGUGUGGGGGCACAUCCCUGCAGAGGUGCCAGGCCUACCUGUCCGCACCAGGUGUCCAGAAUGUGCUCAGACCGGGCUGCACUUUGCACCCCACACCACCCACACCCCACACACAUACACAACCCCCCCAGCCACUCCAGCUACACGCUCACCCCAGGUUUGUAUAGAAAAAGCACAGCACUCACUGGCCCGUAGCUGCCCAGAAGAAUCCGGAUCACAUGUAUAAAGAGCCCCAUCGAAACAGUUUUCCCGCCAACCCCCUUUCUACAGACGCCCUUUGUCAUUGUUUUCAGUUGUUGAGUUUUUCUCUUUGUCCUGA